AUGGAGUCUCAUACAGCAAUUUUACUCCCGGGAUCUAACAAUCUCACUGAAAGACCAGCCAAGCACACGUCCGUCUAUCUUGGCCUCUCCUUACUCCUCGUUUGCGUUGUCUGGCGUUAUCUUAAAUUCCCUCGGCAUGAUCCUCGAGAGCCACCUAUCGUCAAGCCUUCGAUACCGCUCAUCGGGCAUUUUAUCGGAUUCUAUAAGCAUGGGGUCACCUACUUAGACCGUAUGAGGCAUUGCACUUCAUGGCCUGCGUACACCCUCAGUGUUAUUGGUCACAAGACUUAUAUUGUCACAUCACCGGGUCUUUCUCACGCCGCGCUCAAGUCCAAGUCAUUGUCAAUGGAUCCUUUGAUCGCGAACGUGAGUAGUAUGAUCCUGGGCCUGAGUGAAGAGUCCGGGCACUAUUUUGGCCUCGACCACGCUGGACUUUACAAAGACACCGUGGCAUUGAGAGAGCGCCGAGAGGAAUUCAGUCGCUCACUAGCUCCGGGUCCAGGCGCAAAUCUGCCAGCCCAGAUUUGCUCGAAUGUAGUGGCUGAAGCAGUUAAUGCUUUUGGUAACGACUGGGUAUCGAGAGAUCUGUUUGUAUGGGUUCGGGAUGUCGUUACACUGGGCACUGCCAAUGGCUUAUAUGGACCUAAAAGUCCAAUGGCCGUUGACAAUAGCCUCAUUCAAGAUAUCUGGACAUUCGAUGAGAACCAAUUACGGCUCAGUUGGGGCAUUCUGCCUCGUCUCGUUGCACCCACCGGCGUCCGGACCGUCUCCAGAAUCUCCCAGGGCUUUAGAAACUUCAUCCGCAACGGAAAUAUCGAGUUUGCCAGCGAAGCCAUCAAGUCGGGCAUUGCAAAAGCUCUCGACAUGAAAAUGAGCAUCGAGGAUUGCUGUCGUAUUGAAGUGUUCAAAAUUUCUGUUGCUACGGUGAAUACAGUGCCAACAACUGUUGCCAUGAUACAAAACAUUCUCGCCGACCGAGCUCUGCUGCAGGUACUGCGCAAGCAACUUGCAGCCAUCCUGACUGUGCACGAGAAUCCCGCCGGCCGUAAGGCUGAGCUUGACAUUGGACGUGUUGAGGCGGAAUGCCCGUUGCUCCACGCUUGCUACCAAGAGGCUCUCCGAAUCGGCUCCACGCCAACAUGCAACCGCGUGGUUCUCGAAGACGUCGUGCUGACGGACCCAGAUGCCGGCCGUGAGAUUCUCUUCAAAAAGGGCUGGCGGGUCUGUAUCCCGACAUUCCUUCUGCACAACCGAGCCAGCUUUUGGGGCGGAGACGCUGAGACUUUCGGGCCAGAGAAAUUUCUCCCUGGCGGUGUUGGUACAGACAAUCACGGCAAAGUCAGGACCCAGGGAUUUGUCCCAUAUGGCGGAGGCGCACAUUUAUGUCCCGGUCGCCAUUUAGCCAAGAAGGAGAUUCUCGCCUCAUGCGCACUUGUAAUUAUGGCUCUGGAUUUUAACGCGGAGAAUAGGUUUGCCGCGCAGAACUAUGCAUCUAGUACAGGAGCAAAGAAGCCGAUUAGAUUAGAAAAUGUAUAG